UGGAACCAGGCUGCCGUGCCCUCCGCACAUUUGCCAGCCGGCGCACGGCCGCCUAAUACAACCUCCGCUUCGUCCCGCAAGGCUCGCUGCCGACGUCGGCAUUCGGCACGCCUCCGAUCGACCGGCGAGCUGACCGUUCGGCAGCAUGGCGAGAUCCAUCGUCGAUUGCGGCUUCAACAUCUCGGUCCAGAACGUGGCGCUGGACACGCUGUUCCUCAUCGUCAUCCAGGCGGCCGUCGUCAUCGCGCUCGGCAAGUUCAUCCACCUCUCCCUCCGCCGCCACAACCAGCCCAGCGCCAUCUCCCAGAUCCUCGCGGGGAUCAUCGUGGGGAGUCUGGGACUGCAUGAGGUGAUCGUUCACGUCGACGUGGAGAACGCGGAGGACACGUACGGCCGGUACGUGUCGGAGGUUCGCAUCUUCUACAUGUUCUACGUCGGCCUGGAGGCGGACCUCGCCGCGCUGUGGAACGACAUGCGCCGGUGCACCAUCUUCACGUACGCGAGCGUGGCCACCUGCCUGCUCCUCGCGGCCUUCGUCUCCGGCGGCAUGUACGGCAGCAUGAUGCACACCCCGGUCAGGUCGCCGGAGCUGCUGGCCGCCGUGCUCAUGCUGACGCUGGCCAACACCGCCUCCGUCGACAUCUCAAGGAUGGCCAGCGAGAUGGGGCUCGCUGCCACGGCCAGCGGGCGGCUCGUCGUCGUCACGGCGAUCGGGACCAACAUCAUCUGCAUCGUCGGCGAGGGGGUAUUCUCCUGCAUGAAGCUGGCCUCCAGCAGGACCCCGGGCUACAGCGCGUCGGAGCGUCUGGGGAUGGGCGUCCUCGCGCUCCUCAAGGUGGGCAUCGCACUGUCUCUGCUCCGGCCGGUGGUGGCGUUCAUGAACCGUCGCAACGCGGGGCGGCACCGCAUCGGAAACUGGGAGCUGCUGCUGCUGCUCGUCGCCGUGUCGUUCAUCGGCAACUUCCCGCAGCGCGCGGGGUUCGACGGGAUGCCGGCGAGCCUCCUGCUGGGGCUGGCGUUCCCGAGGGAAGGGCCUGUGGCGAGGAGCGUCAUGGACGCGCUCGCGUACCCGCUCCACGCCCUGGCUCUGCCCUUCUACUUCGGCGCCAUGGGGAUGCGGCUAAACUUCAGCGCCAUGUCGGGUGCGAUCGUGGUGCCCGCCAUCCUCCUAACGCUGCUCGGCUUAAUCGGCAAGUGCCUAGGCACCAUGGGCGCCGCCAGGUUCCUCAAGAUGCCACUCGCCGACGCCCUGCGCUUCGGUGUCCUGCUCAACGUCAAAGGCCACGUCAACAUGAUCGAUAUGAGCUUCGCCAGUUCCGAAGGGGUAAUGCAUUUUCCUUCUCUUCUUCUGGCGCUCACGCUUCGACAAGAUUGCUUUGUCCGUGCACGUACGCAGAUCUGGGCGGAGCAGGCGCUGAUGGCGAUGGUCGUCGGCAGCAUGAUCAGCACGAUCAUUGCCGGUCCGGUGUUAUCCGUAGUGUUCCGCAAGGAGAGCGAGGCGUACGCGUGGAGCCAACAGGCGCUGGAACACAUGGCCCCGGACCAGGAGCUGCGCAUGCUCGCGUGCGUGCACGGCGCGCGCGGCACGCCGGGCAUGCUCAGCCUCCUGGAGCUGCUGGCGAGCAAGCCCCGCGCGCAGCCCACCAUCCACGUCCUCCACUUCUACGACGUCGCGCGCAAGCACUCCGGCCCCAGGCACUACCACAAGCGGGUCCAGGACAGCGAACACAAGCACAUGGACCGCCGCAACGACGCCACCACGCAGGUGAACUGGGCCGUCGACGUGUUCACCUGCGCCACCGGCCUCGCCAUCCGCCAGAUCGACGCCGGUGACCGUGGGCCCACCGUGAACGCUAAGGCCGUCCGCCGCUGGACGGAGGACGUCCGCGCGAGCAUCCUGCUAGUCCCCUACCGCAAAGAGCAGCACUACGACGGCUCGAUGGUCUGCCGGCGCGAGGACCGCAGCCAGCUCAACCUCGAGGUGCUCGCGCGCGCGCCGUGCACCACCGGCAUCCUCGCCGACCGCCCGUUCCGGAGCGGCGGCACCAGCUUCCAGCUGCCGACCAAGAUAUCGACGAGCAAGGAGGCCGCGGGGAACCAGGGCGACGAGAAGGUGACAACCCACGUCGCCGCCGUCUUCCUCGGCGGCCCGGACGACCGCGAGGCGGUGGCCCUCGCCUGCCGCCUCGCCAAGAACGAGUCCGUCAGCUUGACAGUCAUCCGCUUCGUGCUACGCGGCACGCACGACCGCGUUGCAACGACGAGCACCGACAUCGACGGCGAGGUGUCCGUGGUAGUCCACGACGCCGCCGCUGGCGUCGUCAGUUUGGAGGUGGCCGACCCGGACGAGGAUUGUAUGUCUGAGUUCCACCGCGCGUACGUGGCGAAGGAGCGCGCGGCGUACGCGGAGAAGGCGGUGACGGGGCCCUUGGACGUGGUGGAGGCGCUUCGCGGGAUGGCUGGCGCGUACGCGCUGGUGGUGGCGGGGCGCGGCGGGCGGCAGCCUGCAGAGCUGGUGAUGGGGCUGGAAGGGUGGGCGGAGUGCGCGGAAGUGGGCCCGGUCGGGGAGAUCCUGGCCUCGGAGGAGUCGCUGGAGAUGGGCUCCGUGCUUGUCGUGCAGCAGAAGACCGCGCCCCCGUUCCACCUGGACCUGCCGGCGCCGGCGACGAUGUGACACGGUUCAAAAUGCACGAUUGAUCUUCCAAAGAAAAAGCAGAGGAAUUUAGCUGUGUAUACGUAGAUGAU